AGCACUGCUAUCUGUUCACGGGCGCGGACGCUGCUGCCUUCCCCACACUUAGAAUCAGAGGAAAUCUCUCAUCGUCAGUUCAGCAGGGGGAAGACGGCUAACUUUUUUGCUUAAUGCAAUAUAUGAUUCAUUUUAUUGUAAGUGUUUGAAUACGGAGUCUCUUGAAAGACGUUUAAAUGGAUACAUGUGUGAGAAAACCCCGUCGAAGCUUCCUGUGAAUGAUGGCAGAUAAUUUAUUUUUCCGAGUCCCGGAGGCGUUUGGAAGGAAUCUGCUGUUAUGAAGACAGUUCAAGAGAGUGUCUCAGCGAACACCACAAAGUGGGAGCAGGAGAAAGACCCCUCAUGGAAGUGCGCAUCUUUUCCAAGCUGGAUCAUAUGUAAGAACCGACAAGGAAAGCAAAAAGUCGGACAGAAGGAUUGUCUAUGGAGAGUACAAAUCGACACACUUUAAAACCAUUUCCCAGCACUACGGAUUACACGUGUCGCAUCGCUUCACCGGCUAUUACCUGGAAGGCAUGACGCAGUGAAAAGUUUUACAGAAAAAAAGACAGAACUAUGAUAGCAACUGGUGGAGUAAUAACUGGCCUGGCUGCUUUGAAAAGGCAGGAUUCAGCCAGAUCUCAGCAUCAUCUGCCAUUGCCUUCUACACCUGCAGAGCAGGAGAAGAAAAAAGCAAAGCGUAAACCCAGAGCUGAUGUUGUAGUCGUCAGAGGGAAGAUACGGUUAUACUCUCCUUCUGGAUUCUUCCUAAUUCUUGGGAUAUUGAUCUCAGUGGUUGGGAUUGCAAUGGCAGUGCUUGGAUACUGGCCACAGAAAGAAAUUGCCUUAACAGAAAACUCUGAUUCAUCAACCAGUGAAAUGCAGUUGGCAAGGAACAAUGGUGGAAUAGUAGCUCAGUUUUUUGAGCAACACUUACAUUCGGAAAAAAUGAAAAUGCUCGGACCAUUCACAAUGGGCAUUGGAAUUUUUAUUUUUAUUUGCGCAAAUGCCAUUCUUCAUGAAAACAGAGAUAAAGAGACCAAAGUUAUACACAUGCGAGACAUUUACUCCACUGUCAUUGAUAUCCACAGUUUGAGAAUUAAAGAGCAGAAAUACAUGAAUGGGGCAUACACUGCUCCUUUAGGGGAAAAUGAGAUAUAUGAGAACCAGUGUGCCUCAAGGUUAGCUGCUAAUACUUUGCUGACAUUCUCUGGCUUUGGCAAUGAUAUUAGGGUAUCCCGCAGAACUAGCUCAACAGAAGAUGAAUAUGGUUUAGCAGACGAAGCCAAAGGUGGUCCAGAUCUCCUUCUUCCCAUAUGCAGGGACCGAUCUGGGUCAGUCUUUGGACUCCAGCCAGAUAGCAACAGGAUGAAAGAUGACAAGAAUUAUAGCUCAAAAAAAUGUGACACAAAGUCAAUUGUCUCAUCGUCUAUUAGUGCUUUCACCCUGCCUGUUAUUAAACUCAACAACUGUGUUAUUGAUGAGCCUGACAUUGAUAACAUAACUGAGGAUUCGGAAUAUAGCAGGAAUGGGCCGAGACAGCCUUCAAUGGAUUCCUUAGCUGUUCCCUCAAUGGAUAUUACUGAAACAUACAAACCUCCCACUCCUGUGCUGCUACGAAGCAAUUCAGCAACUGAAUCCCAGAGCUCAUCCAAAUCAUCUUUAUCUCCUGUAUCAACAGGAGGGACAUAUUUAUCACCAGGUGCUGCUCGAAAGGAUUUUGGCUCCAACACUUCCCUUCAUAUGCUCUCUGCCCAUUCAAAAUCUUUGGACUUAGACAGAGGACCCUGUACUUUAACAGUGUAUCCAGAGCAGCGGAAACACCCAAGCUGGCCAAGACUGGAUCGAAGUAACAGCAAAGGCUACGUGAAACUAGAGAACAAUGAAGAUCCAAUGGACCGCCUGCCAGUGCCCCAGGUCGCUAACAAAAGGGAUUAUACUAAAAAGGAGAAGUUACUCAUGAUCUCAAGAUCUCAUAAUAAUCUGAGCUUUGAACAUAAUGAAUUUAUCAGCAACACAUUAAAACGUGGCACAUCGGAAACAAGAUUCUAACUUUGGAAAAAGCUUUGCAACACUUUUUUUGUGUGUAUCGUAAAAAGUGUUUAUUAUAAUAAUAAAAAAUGUGUGUAUAACAGUCAUUGUCAUAGAUUCCAACGCAGACGUUUGAAUUAACUUGAACGCUGUUGUCAUGCGUUACGUUUUUCAUUGAAGGACUUCAGUUCAACAAUACCUGUGUGUUGAAAAAAAAGAAGUAUUGCUCAUUUCAUUUAAUGAAUCAUUACAUUUACAAAAGGUAAACAGCACCAAUAAAUAUUGUAGCAAAGAACACAUUUUCUCAAUAAUUAGAUAUCUAUGGGAAAGGGUAUUGUUUUUGUUUGGCUUCAAACAUAGGAAUAUUCACAUGGGCAAAAAGGAAGUGUUCCUCAGGGGUAGCUUUCUUAUUACUGUCACCAAAUAUCCAAAUGUUUGAUGGAAAACAAUGUCAGUUUAUCACCUUUCCAUCUUACAAGUGAGAGUAUAGGGAUUAAAGGAAAUAAUAUCUGCUAAACAAAAAUAAAUGAUAACUGUGAAUACUGAAGUACUGAAGAGCAAACACAUUUGUAAUCAGGUAAUUUAGCACCUAAUAAAAAUUAGCAACAAAAUAAGACACCACUUUCUCUGUUUUCAUGCAUCUUCUUUGUUUUAUGCCACUGAUUUUAUCCUUGUAUUCAGUAUGUUUUUAAUUGUGUAACUAUCUACUGUAUUCUUCUUUCUGUACGCAUUGACUAACAGUGAAUGGGAUUUUUGUAAGGAAUAGAAUUAUUUUACACAUUGAUGGAAAAGAUAGACUGUAGGGCUCAGCAAGGUACAGUAUUCUAGAUUCUAAAAAGAUCCUAUAAUAUGGUACCUUUUGUGCCAUGAAUUUAAUGGUUAGCUCCAGGGACCUGGACCAAUCAGUAUCUGGAUAGAGUUUGUGUGUUCUGCACAUGUGCAUGUGGGGUUUUAUCUGGUUAAUCAGUCACAGCAUGCACAAAUACACACACACAUACACACACACACACAGUCCAAAAAUGUGCAGGUUAUCUUAAUUGCAGACUCUUGAGUGUAACCUGGCAUGUUCUGGUAUCCCAUUAAGUGUUACUUCAUACCUUGUGCCCGAUUAAAUACUAAAAUAAUUCUACCACUCAAAGCAAAAUUUGGCCAUAUCCAAACUGUGACCACUACUGGCCUAUAAUGUAUUACAUUACUUGUAAGCAGAAUCGCUGAACAUAUAUUUUUAUUUUCAUGUAGCUACCAGACCUUUAUAUAAAGACCUAACUGAGGUGCUCAAGAUUUUGUUCCUGUGGUGGGUUGGCACCCUGCCCUGGAUUGGUUCCUGCCUUGUGCCCUGUGUUGGCUGGGAUUUGCUCCAGCAGACCCCCGUGACCCUGUAUUCGGAUUCAACGGGUUAGAAAAUGGAUGGAUGGAUGGAAGAUUUUGGUCUGUUUAAAGAAUACUUUAUUCCAAGAAAUAAUAAAUCUCUCUCUCAAUUUGAGUCAUCAAUGACCCAGACUUAAAUGUUUUGGUAAUAUAGGACCUCCCAAGGCAAUGUGGGAAAAUGUACGUUUCCGACAAGCAGUUGACUGCACCAGAAAUUGAACCAAGGUCUCUGGAGCUGUGAGGUACCACAGUCCCUCAGUAGUAACAACCACAGAAACUAGAAAGAAACUGUACAGGUCUGAAUUAGUGUGUUAUAUUGUGUUGUACUGAUCCAUCAAAGUCAGGGUGUAGUGCAGGAUUGGUUUAGCAGAUCACAACUGAGCAGUGCAACAACUUUGUUUUUGGUAAAACAUAAUCCAUAAAGAAAAUCUUCAGCAGUCUUUAUGGAAAUGUAACCAUGGUAUCCAUGUGUAUACUUUGAAAUGCUUGUCUUCUGGACAUCAUUCAAACAAAGACCUUAAUGUUAAGGUUUUCGCUUUUUCUGGUGUUAUGUUUCCUCUGUUACUAUUAUACUGGGCUUCCUAGCAGUUUUGUGUGAAGUCAGUGCUCAGGUAUUGAACUCUGUAUUCAUUCAGAAUGUUUUCUUUUGUUUUAUCUGUGUAAUUUUGUGAUUAUAAUUAAAACCAACAUUUUAAUGUUGUGUUAGCCAGAUUAUAUUAUCCCUGCAAUUUUAGUAUAAGAAGAUAAUUCUGGUUAUACCAAAAACAUGUUUUUGUGUCAAAAGAGCACUAGCACUCAUUAAGUUUGGAUAUAUGAGUAUUUCUUGUACGUUAUGUCUGUAUACUGUACCAGACUAGCUAGAUAUUUUGCUAAUGAGCUUUUACUAAAUAUAUUUAUUGUUCUUGAUAUACAUUGCUAUUUUUGAAAUAAAAAUACCAAAAUGCCUCAAUCAAAAUGUAUAAUUGACAUGUUUCUGAAAUAAAAUAUAUAUUAAAAUCUGCCCUUUUA